AUGUGGUCCAGCGUGUUUCUAUAUUACAACACGCGUUGCAGUCACCAUGCGACUCAGGAGGCAACCACACGCGGAAUGCCCAGAGACUACCGCACGGCAAGCGUUGCUUGUGCGAGAGUAGUACUAGGAUGGGCCAGUUCAUCCUCCUCUCUCACUACUCAAGGUGGUCGAACUUUAGUGACUCGCGGUUUAUCGGAGCUAAGCAUCUACAUGUCGGGCAACUACGCAGCCGGUAAUUUACUAAAACUGGACUUCAAGAAUUACUCUCAAACAGGCUAUAUGACUGCCGUAUAUCGCGCGUUCAUCAGGAACCAAACGGUCCGACGUCUCAUGGACCAGACUAUUUAUGCGAUCUGGUCCGGAUCCACAUACACGAACGGCACCGUUCUAAGUGCUCACGACGUGCGGAUUGCCCUUGGCGAAGUGAGAGUAACUAGGAAUGGGUGA